CCCGUAGUUCACCUGGUUGAACCACGGGAAAUAAUUUUUAUCCGUGGUCCACCUGACUCUUCCUCAAUUUAUUACGGCUCUUGAGUGUCUUGAGAACAAUAAGAAUUGCAAAAUCAAAAAGGCGCAAAUUAAUUGAGAACAAUGAUUAUAUAAAAGAUAUUCAGAUGCAGUUAAUUAACAACAAUAUUUCUAUAGGCAUCGCUUUAGAAAAACUACGCUUAUUAAAUGAUUUUAAAAUAUACGCGACUUUUAAAAAUUGUAAAUGCUUUUUUGUUCAUGAGAACAUCCAUAAUUUACUGUUAGAAACAUAUGGCUAUGCGGGUAGACCACGGGAAAAAAAUAAUCCCCGUGGGCCACCUGGGUGGACUACGAGGUGGACCACAGGAAACAAAUGAGGGUCGCGGCACGUAACUCUAGCGCUGAACAAAACGCAGAGGAGAUAGCUACGCAUGGGUACGACUGGAGAGCCAAUCGGCGCAACGCUCGCUCACCCGCGCACCUCGUUUCCCCCCAACACAUCUUAAUGUUUACUUCAGCGCAAUAACGGUCAGCGCUAGUUAGCCGCGACUUACCAGUACCCUUAGCACGAACCAAUAUCUAAUUCGUAUCGAAUGCGAGUACGAAAUGUCAUUGUCAAAUAUGUACCGAUUUUUAGUUCUAGUUACGUACUUUGUGGCGCUGCUGUUCAAGUUUCCAUACAAAAUUUGACAUUGACAUUUCGGUUUGCAAACUAUUCGAAUUCGAUAAUGGUUCCUGCUAGGGGUACAGGCCACUCAAAAAGUUUUGCGAAAUAAGGUUUUUAUGUAUAAGACACUGGCCACUUGCAAUUAUUUUGAAAACUUCGAUUUUAUUUAAAAGUAAAUAUACCACUGUUCGAUCUUCAAAUUUUUCUUCCGCUUUUUUUCGAGAGCCAAUUAAAUUUUUCUUAUCUCAUUAAAAGAAGAAUCUGCAUCGAGAACAUUUUCGUGCUAUGAUUUUUUACGAUUAUAAAUGUGGCUUGAAAACCUGAUUCGAUUUCGAACUGCUUUUAUGGAUGAAGGACCUUCAAAAGCAACCAUUUACCGCUGGUGUAACGAGUUCAAAUGCGGUCGUUUUUCUUUGGGGGAUCAACAAAGGAGUGGUCGUCCUACGACGGUUGUCACCGAAGAAAGUGUGCUGGCAGUAAAAAUUUUAAUUAAAGAAAACAGACGAAUUACGUACGGAGAGAUUCAGCUUACUCUGCAGAUUGGUUCAGGCAGUGUUCACAAGAUUUUGCACGAGCACCUUUGCGUAAGGAGGAUAGUUUCCCGCUGGGUGCCGCACAACCUCAACGAAGCUCAGAAGCAGGCCUGUGUGGAUUGGUGCAGUGAUAUGAUACAAAAAUUUGAUGCAGGCUCGUCAUGGCGCGUUUACGAUAUUGUGACAGGUGACGAAUCCUGGAUUUAUCAAUACGAUCCAAGAACAAAGCAUCAGUCGACAGUUUGGCUGUUUCAAAAUGAACCAACGCCUACGAAAGUGAAGCGAUUGAGGAGCACAGGGAAAAUUUUGAUCGCUAGUUUCUUCACUUUGACGGGGUACCUAAUUUCAAUUCCACUUCGAGACCAAAGCAGCAUCAACGCCGAAUGGUAUAGCACAAAAUGCCUGCCAGAAGUUUUUUCUGCAAUGAGCAACAAGCGACCUAACACCGGGCUCAGCGGGCUCCUUCUUUACCACGACAACGCGCCCGCGCACUCUGCGAUCAAAACGAAGGACAUCCUGGACUCCACACCAGUCAGAAUCUUGGGACACCCUCCUUACACGUAUUUUUUCUUUGGACAAGCAACCAAAAAAUGACAAAAUUAUAGCGCGUCAAAGUUUGGGAGUAGGGGCUCGUGACGUCACUUUUUAGUAAUUUUCACUUAAAAGUGUACUCAAACGUGACGUCAUGCGACUUUUCCAAUCAAAAUAUCUCUGCAAUGUUUAUAUUUUGUGAAAAAAGAAAAAAUACGUGUCCAAUACUUUUUGAUAAUCUACCUGAUAAACGAAGAAAAAAAAUACUAAGACCUACAAUGCGAAGAGAUGGCGCUGCCUUGCAGCUUAAGGCUAGGAAAAUUACGACGCGGCUAAUAGGGCCGUGGUAGCAUAACGGUCAGUGCAUUCGCCCGGAUUGCGAAGGGUGCGGGUUCGAGUCCCGUCCGCUGCCUGGUCCGCGUGGAUUUUUUUCUAGUAAACCUUUCUUUAGAUUUAAACAUCUAGCAGUUAAAUGCUUAAAAAAUAAAAUAAAAUCAUUACUGUAAUUGCUAUUUCUUCUUUCAAACGUUUAAUACACUUGAAAAAGAAAAAGUAUUCAUUUGACAUUGUGGGUUACCUACAAUGCGAAGAGAUGGCGCUGCCUUGCAGCUUAAGGCUAGGAAAAUUUCGACGCGGCUAAUAGGGCCGUGGUAGCAUAACGGUCAGUGCAUUCGCCCGGAUUGCGAAGGGUGCGGGUUCGAGUCCCGUCCGCUGCCACCGCGUGAAUUUUUUUCUAGUAAACUUUUCUUUAGAUUUAAACAUCUAGCAGUUAAAUGCUUAAAAAUUAAAUAAAAUCAUAAAAAAAAAUAGUCAUCAUCCCUUUGGGGCAUGUCCUGUAUAUCGAUAUAUACGAUAAGCACCGAGCUUAAGGUCUUGUUUAAUAAUACGCGACAGAGUCCUAGCGGGAAUCUUCAUUUCUCGCGAUAAGAUAUUUUGCUUCCUACUGGGGUUUCGGCGAAUUCUGGCUUUAACAGCAUUAACAGCCUUUGUAGUUCUAACAGUACGCGGCCGCCCCUAUCUUAUCUCGUCUUCGACAGACGAAGUGUUGUUGUAUCUGUUGAUAGUACGAUAUACGAACAUUCGGCGGAUACCAAGCUUUUGAAGUGUCUGGAAUAUGACGGACGGCUUGAACACUUGUGCAAGGCGAUCACUGCAAGCCUAUUUCCUUUAACAACCCAUUCCAAUUAAUAUUAUAAUUUGAUAAUAAAUACGAAAAAACUAUGUGAUAUGGCGCCGCAAAAUCUAAAGAAGUUUUUAAAAUAAUAUACGUGUUCAAAAUUAAAAAGUUGAGAAAAAGAAAUGAUUUUAUGUAACAGUAUUUACGGCCAGACUAGUGAUAUAUAAAAAAAAUCCUCAUAAUUAAUUAACUUCACUAAUACAAUCAAUUAAUUAAAAGAACCUAAACAAACAUUGAUCAUUCUCCAUUCUUAAGGAAGGUCUGUGCCCCAGCUGUGGUCAUUAAUAAGCGGGUGAUGAAACAACAUUUCAAACAUAUUCUGUAUCAAAUAUUUGGCGACUGGUCUUAUCACACUCAACAUCAGGUGGGAUUAAGUGAUUUGCUGUGAUUUGCAUAAACAUACUCCCACUAAAUCAUAAUUGAUUAUCGAAAAAAACAACAUCAAAUAAAUUGUUACUUGUGGUUGCCGCCUACUGGCCGAAAUUCGCUGUCUUUUUAUGUAAUUGUGAAUGUGUCGAACGCAUGGAAAAUUAAUUAUAAUAUGAAAUGAGGUUAAAAUACACUUUUUUUAUUUAUCAAUUACUUUGAAAGAUGUAUCUUUAAUAACAUAUCAUGACAAUACUCAACAUUUUCUGAGUGAACUUGUACGAGGUGUGGGUCUAGUGCAAGCGGUGAGUUGUGCUGUGUUGAUUUGCUAGCGGUUUACAAGAGUAUAAUGAAGACACACAUACCUAAUAUAAUAUCUUUAUUCAGAUCAUUGAAGGUGCAUUUUGACAGUAAAAAGUGUAUUAAAGUAACUAACAUCACUUAUAUCGACACCUCAACGGCGCCACAUUUGGUAGUAUUGGUUGUGUUGUAAGCUUGAACAUAGUUAGUUCUAAGAAAGAGAGCUCCUGUGGUAUUAUAAAUUAACAGAAGAUAGGAAUUAGUAAAUUGUGUGAUCAAAGGGCUAUGAACUGGAAAAAAUUGACAAUAAGUGAAAGCGCAAACGACUCUCCUACUGAUGACGCAACUCGUUAUUCUGUUUUUGAUAUUAUAUGUUCGCCAUAUUAAUUGGGUAACUGAAACUUUUCUGCAGUUUCUUUUCAUCACUAUCACGAAUAUCACGCAUAUCGCUUAUUCACGAAAAUACCAGUAAUAAAUAUGUUGGCAUCUGUUCAGUCUUGAACUCGGCCGCAUAUUCUCCUAUCGACGAGAUCAUCACCAUCUCUGCGUAGGUCCGCAAAAUAAAUAUAUAAAUGUUUUAGUGAAGUUUCCGGCGCUUCAACUAGGAUUAUUUUAGGCUAAGGCUUAUAUUAUAUUAGGCUAAGAGUAUCUUAAGAUUAAACUUGUUAAUAGAAUAUUUUGAUUUCAAUUCACAUGCUCUCGUUAGUUUUCGAAUGUUUUUUAUAUAAUAAUAUCUUGCCAAAACACUUACUGUAGCUAUAGUUUAGUUAAUAUGAUGGAUAAGUUGUUUAUCCAAAAAAAGGAAAGAAAAUUAUUUUCUAUUAAGACCAGAUAAUGUCAGACUGUAAUCAACCGUUAUAAUAAUUCUUAUUUACGGACUAUGAAUUCUAACCUAUCACUUGGUUCCGGAAAACAAUUUAGGAACGAACCAAAUUUUCAGGCAUAGGAUAUAACAUGGAGCAAUGUAAAAAUUCAAAUCGCCGAUUGUUCAAAGAGCUCAAUAUAAUCCGAGUUAUAUAAUGAAUAAUAUAACAAUAAAAAUACUUAUGUGAUAGAUUUAUUUAAUAGAAUAGCUUUUUGGGCAAUAUAUCAAAAUUGGCAAAUAUAAACGAUGCCCAAAAUUAUAUUUAAGUUAUAGUAUUGUUUCGACCAAUUUAUACAUAGAGGCACUAAUUGAUAUAAUAGAUACAUUUCUUUGAAUUAUGUUUUUCAUUACUAUUCAUAGCUUAACGUUAUCUUAUAAUAAACUUUUUCUUAAAUUGCCAAACCGAUUUUCUUCAUGCUUUUGUAUAAUAAUAAUAAUUUAUUCAUAAAUGAUUUGGUUUACAAUAGUUAGUGGCAGGAAUCCCCUUUUAAGCAAAUCAAUGCUUGUGCCAGGCGACUCCGCUCCUCCAUUACACAUCCAUUUUUUAUGUAAAUUUCACAAACUUAAACAAUUUUUUUUUAUUCUAUUUAGAACUUAGAUAUAAGUUUGCCUAUGCAUGAAUACGUGUAUGUAUGUAUGCAUGUAUGUUUGAGCUUGAGCAUAUGUGUGUGUUUAUUAGUAAGUCUUUGUGUGCGCAUGAUUGUUUUUGUGUGAACGUAUAUCGCUGUUGUUAACUCUUUGAGUAAAUUUCAAAAUAAGUAAAUUUAGAUAAUUAAUAAAGUCUGUAUAUGCAAAUAUAUCGAUCACCGCUUGCAGUGGCACCGCGCACGCAUUCGCGAAUAUAUAAGCAGUGUUGGCCGCGCGUCGCAUCAGUUGCGAACCGUCAUUCAGACGUCUGACCGCAACAUGACAGUAUUCACGUCGGCCGCUCUGCUCGCCGCACUCGCUGUCGUCGCGCGCGCGCAUACUCUAAGCGCGCCGGACCUGUCGAGGUGCGAGGCGGCGGCGCGGACGGAAACGGGAUGGGUGUGCGGCGCCCGGCGGCGCGCCGUCUCCGGCUCAGUAUACGCGAGCUUCCUCGCCGUGCCCUACGCUAAACAACCCCUGGGAGAGCUCAGGUUUCAGGAGCUUCUCCCAGCAGAGCCGUGGGACGACAUCAGGGAAGCAAAGGCCGAAGGUCCCGUGUGUCCUCAAACGGACGUGUUCUACGGGAGGAUGAAGACGGCUAGCGGCGGCAGGAGCGAGGCGUGCAUCCACGCCAACAUCCACGUGCCCAUCGAAGCGUUGCCCGACCCCAACGAGCCCCCCAGCUUGGAUGUAGAAACAGCCCCGGGUCUACCGAUCCUCGUGUUCAUUCAUGGCGGAGGCUUCGCAUUCGGCUCUGGCGAUACGGACCUUCAUGGCCCCGAGUACCUCGUCAGCAAAGGCGUUAUUGUUAUCACCUUUAACUAUAGGUUGAAUGUGUUCGGUUUCCUGUCACUGAACAGCACGCAGGUGCCAGGUAACGCGGGCCUGCGGGACGCCGUGACGCUGCUGCGGUGGGUGCAGCGUAACGCGCGCUUCUUCGGGGGCUCGCCCGGCUCCGUCACGCUGGCGGGACAGAGCGCCGGCGCGGCCAUGACGCACAUCCUGACACUCUCUACCAGCGCGCGCUCGCUGUUCCACAGGGCAAUACUACUAAGCGGUACAGCUUUCUCCGACUUCUUCAGCUCCUCACCGCUGUUCGCUAAGACAAUAAACAGCUUCUUUUUGCCGCUACUAGGAAUUCACGCCUCUCUUCCCGCCGACGAAAUCCAUCAGAAACUCAUCGAGACCCCUAUCAACGCGAUCAUGGAAGCGAACAAAAAGCUCAUCAAUUUGUUCGGACUGACAACAUUCACACCCGUCGUGGAGUCUUAUCAACCUGGGAUUACUCCGAUAUUAGAAGACGACCCCGAGGUUCUACUUGACAGCGGACGAGGGAGUGACAUUCCUCUGUUGAUAGGGUUCACAGACGCGGAAUGCGAAUCGUUCCGGCCGAGAUUCGAGCAGAUCGACAUAGUGGCGCAGAUAGAAAAAACGCCCGACCUCGUUGUAUCAUCUCGACUCAGAUUCAUGACCGGCGACCAGCUUCCCGUAUUAGCCGAAAUCAUUCAUAAUAAAUAUUUCAAUUACACGCCAGACUUGGAAGGCUUCUUGCGACUGUGCACGGAUCAGUAUUAUAAGUACCCAGCGUUGAAGUUGGCGAGUAAGUCUUCGGGGGAAGCGCCGGUGUUCAUGUACAGGUUCUCCUAUGGCGGAGUGGACAGUGCGUGGAAGGAGGGGCUAGGAUUGAAGUUCGAAGGCGCGGGUCAUGUUGAAGACCUCACGUACAUAUUCCGCACGAAUUCCGUGCUGGGCCCGCUCAGGGCCAACGAGUUGACGAGGCGCGACGACGACGCCAAAAUGAAGAACAAGAUGACAGACAUCAUCGUCAACUUCAUGAGAUACAGUCACCCGAUGCCGGGCCCGCUGGUAGCAGGUCGAUGGCAGACGGCAGCACGCCGGCCGCCGCUGUACCUGGAGGCAAACGGCCCGAGACGCCUGUACCCCACGCGAGCCUCGUCCUACGAACAACGCCUGCAAGCCUUCUUCGAUCAUCUAUACAAGAUCGUGCGCCCACAUUGACACAAGAUCAGAUUUAUUUAAAGGCUUCUUAGAGUCACGAGUUGUCUCAUUCUAUAGUUAUCGCAAAGCAGAGAUGCAUUCUCUCUAGAGACCGCAUACAGAGGCGUUGUACCAAGCUUGUGUAGUAUUGGUUACUACAUCGUAAACGUCUCAAUAUAAGUUUGCAACAAAUUUUUCAUUCGACAAUGACACUAUACGUACGUAUCUAAUCUAAACGCGCCUUACCCUCCCCGCACGACGUAACUUUAGGGAUUUAUAAAUCGAAAUUGUUAUAACAAACCUAUUAAAGUGACAACAUCGACUUUAGACAAACUUUAAAGUAAAUGGAUUUCUCGGAGUGCGACCGUGAAUCAUGAAUCCAAUACUCGGCGUUUCAUUAAAGACAUUGAAAUCACUGUACAGCGUUUUGUGGAAAAUUUUAUAAUAUAGUCGUGGUGCAUUCGCAAAUCGAUCUCUUGAUCUUACCGUAUGAUUUUUUCAAUACACUUCCCAAAAAAUGCAUUUACGGAGGUUGUAUACUAUGUUCGAAUGUUCAAAAUUACGAGCCAUCCAAAGGUGCGGGCGAUAAAACAGUUUACCGCGCGCUCCUUUACAUGGCGCCAUGCGUAUUCUUUAGGGUUUUUUUUAAUAUCGGUCAAAUCUCCUUGGAAGCACUUAUACAAAAAAAAAACCUGUGCGUCUCCGGACGCACCACAGAAAUGAUAACUUAAAGUAAUCUAAACGGCGGUGCGGGUAAGAGUGGAGGAGGAGUAUCCACAUAUCAGAAAUUUGUUGAAGUAAAUGAGCACAGGAGAUUGGAGGGUGAAAAGAGGUUGGAGAAUGCAAAGGGAUUGGAUGGUGAAAAGGGGAUUAGAGGGUGAAAAGGGAUUCGAGGAUGAAAAGGGGAUUAGAGGUUGAAAAGGGAUUCGGGGGUGUAAAGGGGAUUCGAGGAUAAAAGGGGAUUAUAGAGUGAAAAGAGAUUCGAGGGUGAUAAUAAGGGAUUGGCGGGUGAUAGUGGGGGAUUGAUGGGUCAUAAUAGGGGUUUGGUAGAUAUAGGUACUGUUUUCUCGCAAAUGUGUUGGAAAAUGUUGUAUGACAUUCGGAAUUGGUAUUUACAAACUCAUGACUAUGGUAAGCCCUCGACGUCGUCUCAGGCUUACAUUCGUCUAAUCAUUUGUAAUAAUCAACUUACCGCACUUGUAUCAUUAAUAACUAUUGCGUUUUUUUGCAAAUAGAUAUUAAGUGCAAACAAUUUUAUUUAUAUAAUAAUUCUUGAGUUAUUUUAUGCAGUUGAAACUUUGUCAUCAUAAAUCAAGAAAUGGCAAAAGUGCCGAAGCCCUGGUUUUAUUUCUGAAUGGCUUAACUGCCGCGAUUAAUGAUUAGAAUUAUGUUAAGAUAAAUCAUUGGAACAGGUCAUUGUCAUAGGUGAUCGGGCAGCAAGUGAAGGCAAAAGUAAAGAAAGCGAAAACUCCUUGAAGUAUUGUUGGAACCUCAGUUCCGGAUACCAUAUGUAGUCAUCAUUUUGUGAACAGGCGAAUACCUACUUCACCUUUUCAACCGAUCUCUUGUGGAUAUUGUGAUAUAAAUUUUCAAUUAAUAUUGUGUUUUUUUUUUAAUGUUAUAUGGCACUAACUGGAACCUUGGCAGAAAGUGUGCUAACAAGGAAUUGGAAAGAGGAAUCCAUCCAUAUUACACUCAGAGGCACAAUUAACCGCCCACUUACAUUUUCCGGUGUAACUAAAAAAACAUUUUAGAUUAGGUUUUAUUUCUUAACAAUCAAUAAAUUGGAUAAUUUAAAAUGGAAUAAGUGAAAAAAAUCAGUUGCUGUUGCUUUAAUUUUUUUUUAAAUUUUAUAAAAGUUUGAAAUUACCGUACUCUGUCACAACUUAAGAACAAAGAAAUUUAUUUGAAAACUUCACAAAUAACAUUCUAUGUACGCGCAAAACAAUCAGUUUGAAAAUCAAUAUUCGACUGAACUCAAUAUAAGUGACCCACACUUGAGGAUAUCUUUAAAAAGGGUAAUAAUUCUUACAUUUUAUCAUACACUAUCCACUUAAUAAAUUGUCAUUCAACGACAUAAGCGUUUCAUUAUUGUAAACAAAGUUAUGCCACUUUAGCCGGGUGGGCGGUUAAUUGUGCCUCUGUGUGUAUAUUUGCAAAAUCAAAAGAAUCAAAUAAUACGCCUCGACUAGCCAAGUAAGAGGUUUACUUACGAAGCAUUUGCUGAAUCUGUGAUAAUGAUAAUAUAGGCGAGAGUUUUCUUCUUAUAUAUUGCUGAAUCUUUCAAUAUAGUUAAUGCUGUUGCCACUAUCUCUCUGACAUAUUGUCAGGUGCACAGGCAUCAUGUCCAUUACGGAUUGUUUUCGUUAAUUACUACCCGUUUGCUUCGAGUUGGCCGUCGAUGACCGUUACAAAACGUGUCUCAGGCCAAUCACAGGCACAUCAAGUGGUACCGCGGACCAAUAGGGUCUGUCUAGGGGCGCGGUGGGGUGAAGGUGGGAGGGUGGAAGCGGCCAACUCGAAGCAAACGCGUAGUAGGUACAGCUGCAAAUGUUUUGUCGCUAUUAUGUAUUGUAGCGAAUAAUAAUAGGGUUACUUUACUGGAUUAAAGUUUCAUUAUUAAUAAUUUAUUUAUAAGUACGUGUCACCGUGUAUCAGUAUCUUUAGCCUUAUUUAAAAAAGAGUCAUGUCAGCCUGCCUAGCAUGAUCACCGCGAUAUGAUAAAUAGCUCGUUUUUAUCACGCAUAAUUGUCAAAUUUCUAUAUAGUUUGACAGUUAGGCGCGAUAAAAAACGUGGUAUAAUUUAAAUUGUGGUGCUCAUGCUACAGGGACAGGAUUAAUAAAAGUAAUUUUAAAUAAUGUCUUACUAUGUUGUAAUAAAAAAAAAUAUGGCACUGUAAAUUUAUUUGAAAAAUCUGAGUGUACAAGACUUAGAUAAACAUAAAUGAAUGUGUAUGUGAGGGUUAAAUUUAAUUUAAUUAAAACAAUAUAAUUUAAAUUAAAUUUGAAAUACAUUCCUAUAUUCAUGAAAGGACUGAAUCUUAGAACUAAGUCAGUUAUUUCUCCGGUGAAAGUGUAAAACAAUUAGAUUUUUUUGUCAAAAAUGUUGCGAUUGAUUGAAAUUUUUGUUUAAUUUUAAUGUAUCAUCUUUAGUUUAUUAUAUCAACUUCAGCCGUCAAUGUAUACAUUUUAAUUAAAAUAAAAAUGUAACUGCGUGGAAUUGACAUGUUGAAAUUACAGAUACGAUGUCAUAAGUAUGGCUUUUCGCACCGCAUGAAAAAUGUAAAUAUGAUUAAAACUGGCAGUAAAUGAGUUUGAUAUGUGCCUACAAUCUAC